GCUUAAUUGUAAAUAAAUAAAUAAAUAAAUAAAUAAAUAAAUAGUCACAGCCUCAGACGGAAUCGAACCUUUUCCAGGACCUAUAGGAAUAACAAUGCUGUCGCGGGUUUUGGUUACCCGGUCAGUGGAACUCCCCAAAUCUCCAUAUAAAAACCCCCUCCACCUCCUCCUCCUCCUGUGAAAGCGUCCGAGAAGGGGAACACAACAGGUUUAUGGAAAUGAGCCGCUGAGGAGGAGAGAAGGAGGAGGAGGAGAGCCGCGGAGCCAUUUUGUACUCAUUUUAAACUUUAGUGUGGGCUCUCCGCUGCGCGCCCUGGACACCAUGGACGCCGCGCGCGUUUUUCCGCGUUAAAACUCCAACAUGAGGGAUAAAAGUGAAGCGCGCCGCGGGGAGAGGAGGAGUUAAUCCUUGAAGGAGUUUAAACUCGGGAGCGGACCUGACAGGUAUCGAAGCAUGGAGCUGCCGCUGUGCUGGGUUUGGAUCCUCCUGACGGCUCCGCUUCUGGGAUGUCUGGAGAUGCACCUUCCGGAGACGCUGCAGCCGGGGAGCCUUUUGGCAAACCUGUCGCUCGGGUCUGGGUGGACUUAUCAAAUGGACAGGACUUUAUCUUCAAAGUUGGUCCAGAGCUUUCUCCAAGUUGAGACGCAGCGCGGGGGGAUCCGCCUGUCCCGCAGAGUUCAGUGUGCGCGCGCGCCCAGGAACCCAGCGCCCGUGUAUUUCCGAGCAGGUUCCUCUGCGUCUGGAGACGUUGUUCUGACGCGCUUCAACGUGUUUGUCCACGGCCAGGACUGCUUUAUCAAGUACAAGAGAAAGAAACUGUCACCUGAGCCAGAUAUUGACAUUAAACACCAUCUGAGAGUAGAGGAGUCUUCCUGCUUACAUGCAGGUAAAUUGUUAUUGAAUGUAACAGAACUUUUGCCAACCUUUGUGCGGAGCAUUGCUCUCUUGGACUCUGAAUGCGUUGGACAGGACCUCGGUGGGGUGUUCAGACGUGGGGAUUUGUUCCUAAUCAGUGACUUGUGUCUGGAACUCAUUAGAAAGCCUGAGGUGAAUUUGCACUGCGCCCUGCACAGCUCUCCAGGCAGCCGCUUGACUGUGCAUCUGAGUGUGACUCUGACACUGCCCCGGCACGGAUCUGUAUCCCAAACGCCCCACAAUAUGUCUGGAAUACUGAUCCCCAGGAGAAAGCGACAGGUCAACAUGCCCCCACAGUUCCAGCUUCCCAACUACCAGGUAUCUGUACCUGAAAAUGAACCUGCUGGUACGAGGGUUAUCACCUUAAAAGCCACAGACCCAGAUGAUGGAGAGGCAGGGAGGCUGGUCUACAGCAUGGAGGCUUUGUUUGACAAAAGGUCAAGCGACUUUUUUGAAAUUGACCCGCAGACGGGGAGCAUAACAACCAUCCAAGCGCUUGACAGAGAAGUAAAAGACACCCACGUUUUCAAAGUUUUAGUGAUAGAUAAUGGAACCCCCCAAAGAUCUGCUGCUUCCUAUCUCACAGUCACUGUGAGUGACACCAACGACCAUGUCCCAGUUUUUGAGCAAAACAAUUACCGCGUCAGCAUCCGAGAAAACGUGGAGGUUGGCUUUGAAGUGAUGACAGUCCGUGCUACAGAUGGCGACGCUCCCUCCAAUGCUAACAUGAUUUAUAAAAUUGUGAAUGAUGACAAAGUCAACUCUGUGUUCGAAAUUGAUGCCCGGAGCGGCCUGGUGAGGAUCAGAGAGCGGCCCGACAGGGAGACCAGGGCUCGGUAUAAGCUGAUUGUUGAGGCCAACGAUCAGGGCAAAGACCCUGGUGCCCUCAGCGCCACUGCUACUGUUCACAUCUCCGUGGAGGACGAGAAUGAUAACUACCCACAGUUCAGCGAAAAGAGGUACAUUGCGCAGGUCCUAGAGAACGUUGCGGUCAACACAAAAAUCAUCCAGGUGGAAGCGACAGACAAAGAUGAGGGAAAUAAUGCUAAAGUUCAUUAUAGUAUCAUCAGCGGCAAUGUAAAAGGGCAGUUCUACAUCCACUCCCCCACUGGUGUAAUUGAUGUCAUCAAUCCUCUGGACUUUGAGGUGACUCGGGACUAUAAUCUCCGGAUUAAAGCUCAGGAUGGUGGCCGGCCUCCCCUAAUAAACAGCACGGGGAUGGUGGUGGUCCAAGUGGUGGAUGUCAAUGACAACGCCCCCAUGUUUGUCAGUACACCUUUCCAAGCUACAGUGCUGGAAAACGUGGCCAUUGGUUAUUCUGUCAUCCACAUUCAAGCAAUAGAUGGAGAUUCUGGAGAAAAUGCCCGCCUGGCGUAUCGACUCACCGACACCACGCCUGGUUUUCCGUUCACUAUCAACAAUAGCACUGGCUGGAUUACAGUGAGUGAAGAGCUGGACAGGGAGACCACGGAUCACUACUCCUUUGUCGUGGAGGCCAGAGAUCAUGGGGUGCCUGUGAUGUCCUCCACAGCUGAUGUUGCCAUCACUGUGCUGGACGUCAAUGACAACGUGCCCACAUUUACGGAGAGGACUUACUCUUUAAAGAUCAACGAAGAUGCACUGGUAGGGACCAGUGUGCUGACGGUGACGGCGGUGGACAGGGAUGUCAACAGUGUGGUGGCAUACCAGAUCUCCAGCGGCAAUACACGAAACCGCUUUGCCAUCACUAGUCAAAGCGGUGGCGGUCUCAUCACUUUGGCUCUUCCUUUGGACUACAAGCAAGAACGCCAGUACGUCUUGACCGUCACUGCCAGCGAUGGGACGCGCUAUGACAACGCUCAGGUUUUCAUCAAUGUAACAGACGCCAACACGCACCGGCCCGUCUUCCAAAACUCAAAUUCUCCAGUGGUGCUGAUUGAGGGGAGCCCCAUAGGCUCCACUGUGGUGGUGAUCAGUGCAACUGAUGAGGACACAGGGGAGAAUGCUCGCAUCACAUAUAUCAUGGAAGACAACAUUCCCCAGUUUAAAAUUGAUCCAGAUACAGGUGCUAUUACAACUCAAAUGGAAGUUGAUUAUGAAGAUCAUGCUUCCUACACAAUCGCCAUCAUUGCUAAAGACAAUGGCAUUCCACAGAAAAUGGAUACCACAUAUGUGGAAAUUAUCAUCCUGGAUGCUAACGAUAAUACUCCACAGUUCCUCAGAGAUCGCUACCAGGGGUCUGUUUUUGAAGAUGCACAGGUUCGCACCAGUGUUCUUCAAAUUUCUGCAUCGGACAGAGACUCCGGCACCAAUGGCAGGGUGAGCUAUACCUUCCAAGGGGGGGAUGAUGGAGAAGGAGAUUUUUCGAUUGAACCUUACUCUGGGAUCAUCAGAACAGCUCGGAAGCUGGACCGUGAAAACGUUCCAGUUUACAAUUUGAAAGCCUUCGCUGUCGACGGAGGGGUCCCUCCUCUGAAAGCUGCUGUUUCCAUUCAUGUCGUUGUUCAGGACAUAAAUGACAAUGCCCCAGUGUUUGAGAAGGACGAGCUUUUCAUUGAUGUGGAGGAGAACAGUCAGGUGGGUUCCAUAGUGGCCCAGAUCACUGCCACUGACCCGGAUGAGGGAACCAACGCUCAGAUCAUGUACCAGAUCGUAGAGGGGAAUUUUCCAGAGGUUUUCCAACUGGAUAUUUUUACAGGAGAACUGACUGCGCUCUUUGAUCUGGAUUAUGAGGAAAAGACAGAAUAUAUCAUAGUGGUCCAGGCCACGUCGCCACCCCUCGUGAGCCGGGCCACCGUGCACAUCCGAGUAGUGGACAUGAAUGACAACCAACCAGUACUGCAGGACUUUGAAAUCAUUUUUAACAACUACGUCACUAACAAAUCCAACAGUUUCCCAUCAGGAAUAAUAGGAAAGGUACCGGCUCAUGACCCGGACGUGUCGGAUAAACUUCGGUACACGUUUGAGUCUGGGAAUGAGCUCAACCUGCUCCUGUUGAAUGAAGACACCGGGGAGCUGAGGCUGAGCAAAGAUCUGGACAACAACAGGCCUCUGGAAGCACAAAUGAAAAUUUCUGUCACAGAUGGACUCCACAAAGUUGAGGCUCACUGCACUCUACGAGUCACCAUCAUCACCGACGACAUGCUGACCAACAGCAUCACGGUGCGUCUGGAGAACAUGUCCCAGGAGCGCUUCCUCUCUCCGCUCCUCGGCCUCUUCCUGGAAGGCGUGGCGACCGUUCUGUCCACCAAGAGGGAGGAAGUGUUUGUGUUCAACAUCCAAAACGACACGGAUGUGCAAGGCUCCAUUCUCAACGUGACGUUUUCGGCGCUGCAGCCAGGAGGUAGUCCGGGCAAAGGGACUUUUUUCCCAUCCGAGGAUCUGCAGGAGCAAAUCUACCUCAACCGGACACUCCUCAGGACCAUAUCCUCCCAGGAGGUGUUGCCGUUUGAUGAUAACAUCUGCCUGCGGGAACCCUGUGAGAACUACAUGAAGUGUGUGUCAGUGUUGAAGUUUGACAGCUCCCCGCCCUUCAUCGCCUCCGACACGGUUCUGUUCCGACCCAUCCACCCCAUCAACGGGCUGCGCUGCCGCUGUCCGCUCGGUUUCACCGGAGACUACUGCGAGACGGAGAUCGACCUCUGCUACUCGGGGCCCUGCCAGAACCGGGGCAGGUGCCACAGCCGAGAGGGCGGCUACACCUGCGAGUGCCUGGAAGACUUCACAGGUGAACAUUGCGAGCUGAAUGCGUCUUCAGGCCGCUGCGUACCCGGCGUCUGCAAGAACGGCGGUGAGUGCGUCAACCGGCUUGCUGGAGGCUUUAUGUGCCAGUGUCCUCCAGGGGAGUACCAGAAACCGUACUGCGAGAUGACCACCCGCAGCUUCCCCGGACAGUCCUUCGUCACCUUCAGAGGCCUGCGGCAGAGGUUCCACUUCACCGUGUCCCUCAUGUUUGCCACUCGAGAAAGGAACGCUCUGCUCCUUUACAACGGCAGGUUCAACGAGAAGCACGACUUCAUCGCCCUGGAGAUCAUCGAGGAGCAGAUCCAGCUCACUUUCUCUGGAGGAGAGAGGAAGACCAAAGUGGCUCCUUACGUCCCCCACGGUGUUAGUGACGGUCAGUGGCACUCUGUCCAGCUCCAUUACUACAACAAGGACGGGGGGAGUCUGGUGGACUCCAGCGGGGGUCUGCGUGUCCCGCUUUAUACCGCCUGGCUGGAGCUCGAUCAGAAGGAGCCAAACAUCGGACGUCUGGGCACCCCUCAUGGACCCUCUGCAGAAAAGGUGGCGGUGGUUGCCGUGGACGACUGCGACAUCUCUAUGGCCAUCCGUUUUGGAAAGCAGAUUGGCAACUACUCGUGUGCAGCGCAGGGAACCCAGACAGGACAAAAGAAAUCUUUGGACCUGACCGGACCGCUGCUCCUCGGUGGAGUCCCCAACCUGCCAGAGGACUUUCCUGUGAGGAACAGAAACUUUGUGGGCUGCAUGAGGGACCUGAAGAUCGACAGCAAGAUGAUCGACAUGGCCAGCUUUAUUGCAAACAACGGCACCACACCUGGCUGUCCGGCAAAGAAAGACUUUUGCAGCAACGCCGUGUGUGUGAAUGGAGGAGUGUGCGUCAGCAAGUGGAACACCCACAGCUGUGAAUGCCCCACUGGUUAUGGAGGCAAAAACUGCGAGCAAGAGAUGCCGUCCCCUCAGUUCUUCGAUGGCCAGGCUUUCGUGUCCUGGACUGAGCCAGACAUCACAGUGACUGUUCCUUGGUACAUGGGCCUCAUGUUUCGCACCAAACAGUCUUUUGGGACUCUGAUGCAGGUCAACGCUGGACCAUCCUCCACUGUCAACCUCAUGGUGAGUGAACAACAGGUCCGUAUGGAAGUUCUGCUUCGGCAGAAGCUGCUGGCGUCGUUGAGUUUCCCUCAAGUUCGCGUCAGUGAUGGUGAGUGGCACCAUUUGCUGGUGGAGCUGCGGAGCAUCAAAGACGGGAAGGACAUCAAAUACAUGGCCGGAGUGUCUCUGGACUACGACAUGUACCAGAAGUCAGUGGAGAUCGGAAAUGACCUUCCAGGUCUGAAGCUACAGACUCUUCAUGUUGGAGGUCUGCCUGGAGACAAAAACCGUGUAAAAAGAGGAUUUGUUGGCUGCAUACAGGGUGUCCGAAUGGGUGAGACGCCCACCAACGUGGCUAACCUGAACAUGGCUCAGGGCUUAAAGAUUCGGGUGGAAGAUGGCUGCGACCUAGCAGACCCCUGUGACUCCAACAUCUGCCCCGAGAACAGCCACUGCCAUGACGACUGGAUCACACACACCUGCGUCUGCAACCCUGGCUACUUCGGUAAGGACUGCAUGGAUGCGUGUCAGCUAAACCCCUGUGAACACGUGUCCACUUGUGUUCGCAAACCGAGCUCCUCCCACGGGUACAUCUGCGAAUGCGGACAGGACUACUACGGACAGUACUGCGAAAACAAAGUGGAGAAGCCGUGCCCGUCGGGUUGGUGGAGCAGCCCCGUGUGUGGGCCCUGCAACUGUGAUACAAGCAGAGGCUUUCACAAAGACUGCAACAAAACCACCGGAGAGUGUCGCUGCAAGGAUAAUCACUACCGUCCAGAGGGGGACGACACGUGCUACCCCUGUGAAUGCUUCCAUGAAGGCUCCGAGUCUCGAACCUGUGACCCCGUCACUGGUCAGUGUCCCUGUAAAGGAGGAGUCAUCGGCCGUCAGUGCAAUCGAUGCGACAACCCCUUUGCUGAAGUCACGCCGGCCGGAUGUCAGGUGGUGUACGAGGGCUGUCCCAAGGCGUUUGAUGCUGGUAUUUGGUGGCCCAAGACCAAGUUUGGACUUCCAGCUGCAAUGGAUUGUCCCAGAGGGUCCAUCGGUAAAGCUAUUCGUCACUGUAACGAUGAAAAGGGCUGGUUAUCCCCUGAACUGUUCAACUGCACCACAGACACCUUUUCUCAUCUCAGGAAGCUGAUGGACGGUCUGCAUCGGAACGUCUCCCGCAUGGACAGCGAACACUCCAAGAAGAUUGUCCGCCUGCUCCGCGACGCCACCAACAGCACGCCGCAUUACUAUGGCAACGAUGUAAAGACGGCGGCGCUGCUGCUGAACAAGGUGCUGCAGUACGAGAGUCGACAGGCUGGAUUCGAGCUCACCGCCAUGAAGGACGCAGAGUUUAACGAGAACUUGGUGCGAGCGGGGAGCGCCAUUCUGGAUCCAAACACCAAGGAGCACUGGGACCAGAUCCAGAGGUCGGACGGGGGCACCGCUCGUCUGCUCCGCAGCUUUGAGGAGUACGCCAACACGCUGGCACAAAACGUCAGGAAGACCUACCUGAAGCCCUUCACCAUCGUCACCGACAACAUGAUUCUAACUGUGGACUACCUGGAUGUGUCCGACCCACUGAGGGCCACCUUACCGCGCUUCCAGGACAUCCAGGAGUCCUUCCCCAAGGAGCUCGGCUCCUCCGUUCGAUUCCCCAGGUUUAACGCUCACACUCAGGUCCAGAAAGGCACAGGGGAGGUCACUCCUGCUCCUCCUGCUGAGACCACGCCCCCUCAGGAGGAGGAGGAGGAGGAGCACACAGUGUCCAACAGGAAAAGGCGCCACCUGGAGCCGCCUGCCCCUCUACCUGUAGCUGUGGUGAUCGUGUACAAGUCAUUGGGACAGCUGCUUCCAGAGAGAUAUGACCCCGACCGCAGAAGCCUCAGACUUCCCAGCCGUCCGGUGAUAAACACGGCCAUUGUGAGCGCCACCGUCCACACUGAGGACGCUCCCCUGCCUCCCGUCCUGGACCCCCCCAUCACUCUGCAGUACACCCUUCUGGAGACAGAGGAGCGGACGAAGCCCGUCUGCGUCUUCUGGGACCACUCCAUCACGAACGGGGGUGGCUGGUCCUCGAAAGGCUGCGAGGUGCUCAACCGCAACAACAGCCACAUCAGCUGCCAGUGCAACCACAUGACCAGCUUCGCUGUGCUCAUGGACAUCUCCAAGAGAGAGCGCGGAGACUUCCUCCCUCUGAAAAUCGUCACCUACACCACAGUGCUGGUGUCCCUGGUCCUCCUCCUCCUCACCUUCCUCCUACUGUGCCUCCUGCGACGCCUUCACUCCAACCUCCUCGCCAUUCACCGGAACCUGGUGGCCACACUCUUCUUCUCGGAGCUGGUCUUCCUGCUGGGCAUCAACCAAACCGACAACAUGUUUGUGUGCACCGUCAUCGCCAUCCUCCUCCACUACUUCUACAUGUGCACCUUUGCCUGGAUGUUUGUGGAAGGGCUGCACAUCUACCGCAUACUGACAGAGCUGCGCAACAUCAACCAGGGACACAUGAGGUUCUACUACGCCAUGGGCUGGGGCAUUCCGGCUAUCAUCACUGGUUUGGCGGUGGGUCUGGAUCCACAAGGUUAUGGAAACCCGGAUUUCUGCUGGCUGUCUGUGCACGACACGCUCAUCUGGAGCUUUGCAGGUCCCAUCUUUGUGGUCGUCCUGAUCAACAUUGUGAUCUUCAUCCUGGCUGCAAAAGCUUCUUGUGGUCGGCGGCACAAAGCUGCAGAGAAGUCAGAAGCCAUACGUGCGCUGCGAAUAGCCUUCCCCCUUCUGCUGCUCAUCAGCGCCACCUGGAUGCUCGGCCUUAUGGCGGUCAACAGCAACGUCAUGCUCUUCCAUUACCUGUUUGCUGUCUUCAGCUGCCUGCAGGGAGUCUUCAUCUUUUUCUUCCACGUCAUCUUGAACAAGAAAGUAAGGGAGAACAUCAAGAAUGUUCUGACCGGCAAGAAGAGCAUCCAAGACGAGUCCAGCACCACGAGGGGCUCCCUACUCACCCGGUCUCUAAACUGCAACAACACGUUCCCAGAAGAUGGCCAGCUUUACCGCUCAGCCAUCGGCGAGUCCAACGUCUCCCUGGACAGCACGCUCAGGUCAGCCAAGAGCCGCAGCAGCUACCUGGCUUACACAUUCAGGGAAGAGUCUGCGCAGAAGCCCAGUGUCUCUUCAGGAACAGCAAAAGGACAUACAGAUCUGGACGGACCGUUAUUCCACAAGGGUGCCAACAAAGGCGACGACUCCGACUCAGACAGUGAGCUGUCUGUGGAUGAACACAGUUCGUCCUACGCCUCCACCCAGUCCUCUGACAGUGAGGAUGAAGACUUGGAUGUCAAACCAAAGUGGAACAACGAGAGGCCCCUCCACAGCACCCCAAAAGGGGAUUCGGGGUCCAAUCAUGUGAAGACUUACUGGCCAACAGAGGCCACCACAGCCAGUGACAGCGAGGAACUGGGUGGGCCGGACAAGCUCAGGGUGGAGACCAAAGUGAACGUAGAGCUGCACCCAGAAAACAAACUGAACCACGUCGGAGAACGAGAGAGGGAGACUCUACUGGAGAGAGCCAAGCAGACACCCACAAACCCAAAAGACACGGCCCCUGUGAACCAGCCCAACAGCAACAGCAACCACCAACCGGAGCAGAGAAAAGGUAUCUUAAAGAACAAGAACAUCUACCCUCCCCCGCUGGCCGACAAGAACAUGAAGAAUCGGCUGAGGGAGAAGCUGAGUGACUACAACUCCCCUACGAUCACCUCCCCUCCGUCAAUGAACAACAACACCUCCAGCCCACCCCCAUCCUCCGUCAACAUCAUGAGCCCCUCGUCGCGGCCUUCCUCGCAAGCCUCUAAUGAGGGAGGGGGUCGCCUCGGCAACCACGACAGCACUCCCGUCGUGAAGCCGCCUAUCGCCCCACGACCUCAGAUUCCUGUCGGGGCUCCGCCGGCCACCAUCUACCGGGAAACCAACGGGGGCACGGCCAUGCACUUAAAGUCAGGGACGGUGAAUGGAGGCAAUGAGUCCGACUCAGAUGGCAGUAACGAGACUUCAAUCUGACCUGUUAGGGACUUUGAGACCAGCCCGCCUUUGUGAGAGGGAGAGGAGGACGACCAGCAAGAGGGCGCUCUCGCCGCCUGACCAGCCCAUCCGGUCCUCUUCACGUUUCAUCUCUCCGGAAAACAGUAUUAACGGCAGAAUUUAGGACUGCGAGCGCCAAGCACGCACGGACAUGGGAAAAGACGAUAAAGGGAACGCAGUGUUGGAACUGCAGCGGGAGAGAGAAACGACUCAGAGGAGCGCUCUGUGCCAAAACCACUACAGGAGUCCAGACGAUGAAGAACGCCCACAGAGACCUUCCCCCGUGUGGAUUCAGAAGAACCCGCAGAGGUUCAUGGUGUCAGACCUUAUCAAGGAAGGGACAAUAGUUUUUGGAAAGUUUACUCUCAAGUUGGUACAGUCACAGUUGAAAAUCCGACAGGAUUUCAACCACCUUCCCCUUUCAGAGUUCAGAACACAAAGUGCUCUUAUUUCUCACCACUUCGACGGCCUCUCAGUGUAUUGGAGUGUAAUUAUGGUGUAGAUAUUUUUUUAUGAUGAAGAAAAAAACUAUUUUGUACUUUGUCUGAAGUGACUUCUGCUACGCUGAGGAGCAGGAUUAAGAAAUGCUGGUUUGAUAGAGAACUAAACGUUGUGCCUUUCCUCCGGACUGAAGCCUUCUCAGCUUAUCACGUCUGUACACGUAUUUUCUAAGAAUCCACAAUUACUGGGACCUGAAUGAAUGUUUAAAAAAGAAAAAGAGCUAUCGCUGCAAAAUGUAAUUUCAAUACCACCCUUGAACUUUUUUUUUCGUCCUUUUAUCAAAAUGUUAAAAUGAUAGGAAUCACUUUUCUUUAGCUCCAAAAAGGCUCUUUUUAAACCAUAAAAAUGCCUUUUUUUUUUAAACAAAUUAGGUUUCUCUUUGGUUUUUGACUCUAAGCUCAAACGACUGUGUUGUAUUUGCAGCUAACGUAUAAAAAGGCAACAACAACUGGUUAUUUUUCUAUCAAGUUCAAACCCUGUGGUCCACCCCUGAUUUAAUCCACCUUUUUGAAAAUGUUUUUGUAUGAUCUGCAACACUGGAAAUGUUUUGUAACAUAAUGUAUAUUUAUUUUUUAUGGUUUUACGACACUGGAAAGAGAAGAAAUGAAUGUUUCUGUAAAAUUAAAAAAUGAAUUUUUAAA